UAUUGCAAUACCACGAAUAGACAAAUCGAGAAAUGAAGAACCUUAGCAUAGUGAUAUCUUUUUCAGUAUUGCUUGGUUUCCUCAUUGCAUGUUCUCUACAGGCUGAUGCUCUUUCGUGCAGCCCAAGCGGCAAAAUCAGGGGAAGAAAGGCACCAAAAGGGCAAUGCAACCGCGAGAAUGACUCUGAUUGUUGUGUUCAAGGAAAGUUAUACCCAACUUACACAUGUUCACCUCGCGUAACUGAUAACACCAAGGCAACCUUAACACUGAACAGUUUCCAGAAGGGCGGAGAUGGUGGGGGUCCAUCAGAAUGUGAUAACCAGUACCAUGAUGAUGACACGCCAGUCGUGGCAUUAUCAACUGGAUGGUAUAACGGAGGGUCAAGAUGCCUUAACAAGAUCACUAUCAGUGCUAAUGGUCGAAGCGUGGAGGCCAUGGUUGUGGAUGAGUGUGAUUCAACCAUGGGAUGUGACGAUGAACAUGAUUACCAGCCACCUUGUCCGAAUAAUAUUGUGGAUGCUUCGAAAGCUGUGUGGAAGGCCUUAGGGGUGCCCAAGGAUAACUGGGGUGAUUUGGACAUUACUUGGUCUGAUGCUUAAUUAGGUUGCAUGCAUGCAGUUUCACAUAUAUGUUUUGUCUUAUUUUUCUUUUUCAUGUUGUUGUACUUGUGGCUGUAUCGUGUGUAAGUUGUUUAUAUGUGUGAAUAUAUGAAUUAAUUUUAUUACGCA